AUCUUGGGCCCAGAACUGCCCCCACCUCUCCCCAGGGAGACCAGCCUCAGGGCCCUACCCACCCCCUAUGCUGACCUCACAGGACCUCUCUCUGGCCUCUGUAAAUCGGAUUUCCUACCCCUGCCCACAGCCCUCAGCUCAGCCUGCUAGCCCAUCUCCCACCCCAGCUGCCCCAUGCCCAAGGGCACCCCUAAACAUCACUCCCCGGUGUCCACCCAGCACACUCUGGUAGCUCCACUGAUCCUGCCCCAUCUGGAUCCUGGCUUCCUGAAAAAUCCACCCAUGCUCAAGACCUCCCGAUGGAUAUUCUGAACCACCCCACUCACCAUCCAGAGCCACCCAUCUUUCGGAAAACCCCAAACACACACACACGCACACAGUGGGUCACUUAGAUCCCCCAGCACACACAGGAAAACUUAAGAGCUCCAAGACAGACCCCAGGCAUAUCUGCCCCUGUCCCCACCCACUCAACACUUCUGCACUCCUCCUCAGAUCCCACCUGUCCAGGCCCUCUCAGAGCCCCCGACAGCUCCCCCAGCUCAAGCAGAGACUCCAGAGACCAUGAGGUGCCUGCCGCACCCUGGGAAGCCAAUCUGCCCCCCCACCAAGCCAGCACCCACACUGGGGCCCUGGAGGGUGAUGGCCCCAGAGUCCCCCAGCACCUGUCCCUGUGGGAACCUGUCCCAGGCCUCUGCCAAGUUAUCCAUCCUUCCCUGCUGUGCCCUUUCAAAAGGAAGGGCGCUCACUUUCUCUCCUACACUAGUGUCCCACAGGAACCACUGCCCGCCCCCUGAUUUAUGCCACCCCCUGGUGGGAAGGAAGGGGAUUCCAACAGCUCCUGGCUUUGGUCCUGAAGUCUGCCCCCAGCCUCCUGACCCCAUCACGCCUCCUGGCCUCAAAUGGCAGAGCCAGCAGUGCAGUCCAGGUCGCUCCUCAGAGCUGGCCCCUGACAGCCCGAACAGAGCUGUGAACCAACCCCGCUCACGGCUAACAAGCCCACCCACCAUGGCGAGCCCCACUCUGAGCCCCGACUCCUCAUCCCAGGAGGCCCUGUCGGCCCCCACCUGCUCCCCGACCUCUGACUCCGAGAACCUCAGCCCCGAUGAGCUGGAGCUGCUGGCCAAGCUCGAAGAGCAGAACCGGCUCCUGGAGGCCGACUCUAAGUCCAUGCGCUCCAUGAAUGGCUCGCGGCGGAACAGUGGCUCCUCGCUGGUGUCCAGCUCCUCGGCCUCCUCCAACCUGAGCCACCUGGAGGAGGACACAUGGAUCCUGUGGGGCCGGAUCGCCAAUGAGUGGGAGGAGUGGCGGCGCAGGAAGGAGAAGCUGCUCAAGGAGCUGAUCCGCAAGGGCAUCCCACACCACUUCCGGGCCAUCGUGUGGCAGCUACUGUGCAGCGCCACGGACAUGCCAGUCAAGAAUCAGUACUCUGAGCUGCUCAAGAUGUCCUCGCCGUGCGAGAAGCUGAUCCGCAGGGACAUUGCCCGCACCUACCCAGAACACGAGUUCUUCAAGGGCCAGGACAGCCUGGGCCAGGAGGUCCUCUUCAACGUCAUGAAGGCAUACUCGCUGGUGGACCGGGAGGUGGGCUACUGCCAGGGAAGCGCCUUCAUCGUGGGCCUGCUCCUCAUGCAGAUGCCUGAAGAGGAGGCCUUCUGUGUGUUCGUGCGGCUGAUGCAGGAGUACCGGCUGCGGGAGCUCUUCAAGCCCAGCAUGGCUGAGCUCGGGCUCUGCAUCUAUCAGUUCGAGUACAUGCUGCAGGAGCAGCUCCCAGACCUCAACACCCACUUCCGCUCCCAAAGCUUCCACACAUCCAUGUACGCCUCAUCCUGGUUCCUCACACUGUUCCUGACCACCUUCCCACUCCCCGUCGCCACCCGGGUCUUCGACAUCUUCAUGUAUGAGGGGCUGGAGAUCGUGUUCCGAGUGGGCCUUGCCCUGCUGCAGGUGAACCAGGCGGAGCUGAUGCAGCUGGACAUGGAGGGGAUGUCCCAGUACUUCCAGAGAGUGAUCCCCCACCAGUUCGACAGCUGCCCGGACAAGCUGGUCCUCAAAGCCUACCAGGUCAAGUACAACCCCAAGAAGAUGAAGAGGCUGGAGAAGGAGUACGCAGCCAUGAAGAGCAAGGAGAUGGAGGAGCAGAUCGAGAUCAAAAGGCUUCGGACGGAGAACCGGCUCCUGAAACAGCGGAUUGAAACCCUGGAGAAGGGGCAAGUGACACGGGCGCAGGAAGCAGAGGAGAACUACGUCAUCAAGCGGGAGCUGGCGGUGGUAAGGCAGCAGUGCAGCUCGGCCGCCGAGGACCUCCAGAAGGCACAGAGCACCAUCCGGCAGCUGCAGGAGCAGCAGGAGAACCCCCGCCUCACAGAAGACUUCGUGUCCCACCUGGAGACCGAGCUGGAACAGUCAAGGCUGCGGGAGACGGAGACACUGGGGGCCCUUCGGGAGAUGCAGGACAAGGUUCUUGACAUGGAAAAGCACAACCCUACGUGGGGCAUGCCCACCCUCCUGUAUGAGGCACAGUCCAGCAGCGUGGCAGCUUCUAUGAGCUUCCGGGAUACCCCCAUCCCACCUAGGAACAGCUCGCUGCCCGACGAAAACAACGUGGCGCAGCUGCAGGAGGAGCUGAAGGCGCUCAAGGUGCGGGAGGGCCAGGCGGUGGCCUCGACGCGAGAGCUGAAACUGCAGCUGCAGGAGCUCUCAGACACCUGGCAGGCCCAUCUGGCCCGCGGCGGCCGCUGGAAGGAGUCCCCACGGAAGCUGGUCGUGGGCGAGCUGCAGGACGAGCUGAUGAGCGUGCGUCUGCGCGAGGCCCAGGCCCUGGCCGAGGGCCGCGAGCUGCGGCAGCGCGUGGUGGAACUUGAGACGCAGGACCACAUCCAUCGCAACCUUCUGAACCGCGUGGAGGCGGAGCGCGCGGCGCUGCAGGAGAAGCUGCAGUACCUGGCGGCACAGAACAAGGGGCUGCAGACGCAGCUCAGCGAAAGCCGCCGCAAGCAGGCCGAGGCCGAGUGCAAGAGCAAGGAGGAGGUGAUGGCUGUGCGACUGCGGGAGGCGGACAGCAUGGCUGCAGUGGCCGAGAUGCGGCAGCGCAUCGCUGAGCUGGAGAUCCAGAGGGAGGAGGGCCGAAUCCAAGGUCAGCUGAACCACUCGGACUCAUCGCAGUACAUCCGCGAGCUCAAGGACCAGAUCGAGGAGCUGAAGGCCGAGGUGCGGCUGCUGAAGGGCCCGCCGCCCUUCGAGGACCCGCUGGCUUUCGACGGGCUGAGCCUGGCGCGGCACUUGGACGAGGACUCGCUGCCGUCGUCAGACGAGGAGCUACUUGGCGUAGGCGUGGGCGCUGCCCUGCAGGACGCGUUGUAUCCUCUGUCCCCGCGCGAUGCGCGCUUUUUCCGCCGUCUGGACCGGCCGGCCAAGGACAGCGAGGGCAGCUCAGACAGCGACGCUGAUGAGCUUGCCGCGCCCUACAGCCAGGGCCUGGACAACUGAGGCCGUGCCCCAUGCGCCCGGAUUCAGGAGACCGCAGUCGUGGGGGGCUCCCGGGCAGCCCGUGUUCUGCUCCCCACCUGCUGCACUUGACGAACUCCGCGCCUUCUGUGGCUCGGCCACCCCUAAAGCGAGGCCCGGCAAGGCAGCCCAGAGGGUAGGGUCCGGCCUGGGGCUCCUCAGGACCCCGGGGCAGGUUCUCCCUCCCCAGCAGUGUUUACCCAUCUUGGUCUGUACCCCUCCGGGCCCUCUGGCGUUCCGGGGUGCCUGGAGGGGCUGACUGUUCUCUUAACAGGAGGGCAGAGGGCAAGGGACAGAUGACCCAGAGGUCCCAGCACUGAAUGAGCAGACAGCUCCCACCUCCCAGCACGAUUCCUUCUGGGACAGGGGUGGCAUUGCUGGGAAGCGCCCAGGAGCUAACCGAGGCCUGAGGAAGGAGAGCACCAGCUCUGGGCUGGACAUCAGCACCCCACAACACUCCUCGGGACGAAGUGACCCUUGACUAACCCCUUGCCAUCUCUAGGGGAGUUGGGCCGCUGGGGACAGAUGGCCAGGCCGGCCUCUCCUGCCUGGUGCAGGCACCAUGGCCCCUGCAGCAGAAACCAAAGUCCCCCAUACUGUGUGCGGGGCCACCUGGGGAGUGAGUGGCGAGCGGGAAGUCUCCCUGCUUCUCUGGGGCCAGAGCAGCUUCGAGGAAGUGAAGAGACCCCUCUCCCCGGCACCCCACAUCUUCCUCUGGGAGACACUCGCACCCCCUCUCCUGGACAGUGAUGGAGGGGUAUCUCUGGGGGGGUGCUCAGCUUCCAUCUACUUCCCUUUCUUCCUGUGUUCCCAGCCCCACCCUCAGCCAGGGCCAGGCCCCCACCUAGGAGCUUCCUAGCCAGCGGCCUCCCCUCACUUCCUCCUGGUGGUCCCGUGGCCUCUGCUGAAUCAGAGCUGAGAACGGUGCCAAAAUUCAACGAUGCCCCCCAGGCCCCCUCCCCCCCCCCCCCCCCCGGCCCCCCUGGGCCUCAUGACCCUGGGGGCUGCCCCCCUCGGUGCUCCUGGAGCCUCCAGUAGAGUAGCGUCACAAGCAAUCUCCCUGGCGCUUCCUGGGGUGGGGACCCCUGCUCCGUCCCCACUUCCUAGCUGCCCACUUUUCAGUGUUAUGAAGCCUGGGAACGGGGCAGGCACCCGCGGGGCUCUCCCACACGCCCCCCACACUGCCCACCACCAUUUUGCACACUGCCUGUUCACUCCACAUGUCGCCCAGGCGGGAAAGAUGGAAAAUAAAGUGUAUUUACACAGUCA